AUGGAGUACCAUGACGAAGGUGAUGCAGACGAUGAUAUUGGCAUCCAACGUGAUACAAAUACGACCACUGGCUACAGACCUCCUGCCGAAUCAUUCUACGCAAAUAUUUGGGAAAAUAUGGUUGAUCCUUCACCUCUAUUAGUACCAUUUGUUUGUACUUGGCAAAAUGGGAUGCAUUUUUCUAAAGGGUUAACUUUUGCAAAUAAAUCGACGGUGAAGCGUGCAUUGAUAAUAUACGCAGCAAAUGAUAAUAGAAAUUUUACAAUCCGAAGGUCGACCAAAACUAAAUUGUGCACCGCAUGCAUUGAUGACAACCACAAGUGGUACGUUGGGGCAUUCAUGAAGGCUAAACUUAAUGGUCUAUGGGUGGUCACGUCUUAUGUGGAUCCACACACUUGUAUACCCUUUGGCCUGCAAAGAGACGUAUGGGACGCAAAACAAAAGGUAAUUGCUAAGAUAUUUGGAGAUUGGGAGGAGUCUUACCAAAGGUUGCGAAAGUUGUUGUUGGCAUACUUGGAUCAGGAUUCGGGUACCCGGUACAACUAUCACACCAUACCUAGGCCAAAUGAAGGGGUGUUGAUGAUUGCAAUGGCAACUGAUGCUAACCAAAAGGUUUUGCCUCUCGCCUUUACUGUUGUGGACAAGGAGUCAGGGCCUAGUUGGGGGUGGUUUUUAGAGUGUCUUAGAACUUCCAUAAAGCAUGUCAUACCUAACGAUGACAUUUGCAUUAUUUCUGAUCAACAUAAAGGUAUCAAAUGCGCCAUUCGAGAGUGGCCUAGAGGUGAGGACGGAAGAGAACAGGUAUAUCACCGAUAUUGCCUUCGACAUGUUGCUAGCAACUUCAACACAAAAUUUGAGGACCCGACUCUAAAGGCAUUGGCCUUGAAAGCUGGAUAUGCGACUCAUGAAGCGAAAUUUGAGUCCAUAAUGCAAACCAUUAAGGAGGCCAAGAUUAAUUUACUGAGGGGUGUAGACCCUACUAAUCAUCACAUCCUACGCUAUAUGCCAUACACAUAUCUAAUGAGUAAGGAUGUUGAGAAAUGGACCCAGUCACAGGAUGCUGGAAGACGUUACGGGGCAAUGGCAACCAAUGUCUCUGAGUGUUUUAAUGGGGUACUUAAAGGUGCCCGCGGUUUGCCCAUUGCUGCAAUGGUUGAGUUCACUUGGUCCAAACUUGUUGCAUAUUUCUACGAUCGACAUAAAAAAAUUACUUCUGAUCUCUCUCAAGGUAAGGUGUGGAGUGAUUAUGUAAUGGAGAUCUAUAACAAAAAUGAGCAAAAAACUGCAGGACACACUCUGAGGAAUUUUAAUCAUAAAAUUGGUGUAUAUCAAGUGGUUACCCCGUAUAACGACCAUAGAGGUGGAGGGGGAAACCACAGUCAUGAAGUGCACGUAUUUGAGCAAACAUGUGGUUGCUGA